UCAACUCGACAUCCAUCGACUGCCCACAGGCCGACGUGUCUCUCCCCCCCUGCUCGCUCAGUUAUCUCCCAUUUUCCUGACCCACUAGUGCGGGUAGGAAGUUGCGCUUCCGCAAUGUUUUCGAGGAUAGCGACUCGUUGCUUCGUUGGGCAACGUCGACUGUUAUCUUCAACCUCACAAACGACACAUGCAGUCAUCUCUACCUUCGACCUUUUCUCAAUAGGUGUUGGGCCUUCAAGCUCCCAUACUGUAGGGCCGAUGAGGGCGGGGAAUAUCUUUUUAACGGAUCUCAAAGAACUCAGUUUACUCGAUAAAGUGAGAAGUCUGAAAAUAGGCCUUUAUGGCUCACUUGCGGCAACUGGGAAGGGGCAUCAUACUCCUCAAGCAAUCCUCUUAGGCCUGGAAGGCAGCGACCCUGAAACCAUCGAUGCGGGAACUAUUCCGUCACGUUACGCAAAUAUCCUGGAGACGGAGACGCUUGUCUUAGCAGGGACACAUAAAAUCCACUACUCGAUGGACCGAGACAUGCUCUGGCGCUGGGAUCAAGUUCUGAAAAACCCGUCCGGUGUUUCACAUGCAAAUGGAAUGCGAUUCAGCGCAUUUGGCGAAGACGGAGAGCUACUGGCCACCAAUUGUUAUUUCAGUGUAGGGGGAGGUUUCGUCGUCAACGAUAAGACUCAAGUAGACGAAAACAUGUUUUACAAAGGUGUCGAUAAGAAGCUCGUUCACGAAGCUCGACUACACCAAGUUUCGGAAGAAGACCCUUCCGGUCCUCCGUAUCCGUUUGCCUCUGGAAAUGACCUGCAAGAACUCUCCAAAAAGCACAAUAUGACGAUUGCUCAAAUUGUCUGGGACAAUGAACGCUCUUUUGGUCUAUCCGAUGACGAUAUUCAUGAAAAGUUGAUGCGCAUCUGGGGGGUAAUGGACGAAUGCAUUCGAGCCGGUGUUUCUACUUCUGAAACAGUAUUGCCUGGUCGGCUUCAGCUUCGGAGGAGGGCCCCAAUGUUAUAUCGCCGACUAAUGCGAGGCUUCUAUCCUGGUAUCGCGAUGCCUAUGUCCAGUCCUCUCAUCGCGGCCGGGUCUGCUCCAGCAUUAGAUGUCAUUGAGGCUCCCGACAUCCGUUUGCCGACCCAUUCGGAACCGACCAUCGGCCCUAACGCGGCCACUCCCCUCCGACCUGCCAAGUCACGACCGGCGCGCGUUGUAGGGUCUUUUGACCACGCGCUCCUUCCAAUGCCCCCCAGAAGCACCCUUCUUCCUGCGAUGGACUUUCUCUCUUGCUACGCCAUCGCAGUCAACGAAGUUAAUGCUGCAGGCGGCCGGAUCGUUACUGCUCCAACCAAUGGUGCCGCUGGAAUCAUCCCAUCUGUGCUCAAAUACAUCGUCGAGUUCGUCAGUGAUGACCACGAGAAAAGCAUUGUGACUUUUCUGCUGACUGCCUCCGCAAUCGGUAUGCUUUUCAAGCGCGCGUCUACUAUCGCGGCGGCGGAGGGAGGCUGUCAAGCUGAAGUUGGCGUCGCUUGUUCGAUGGCCGCGGCGGGUUUCGCUGCAUGCAUGGGUGCAUCUCCCGCGACUGUGCUUCAAGCAGCAGAAAUCGGGAUUGAACACAAUCUCGGCCUCACAUGCGACCCAAUCGGUAGUGUUCCCUCUCUAUCAAUGUGUCUUCACUCUUCUGAAGUAGUCACAGACGGGCUCGUUCAGGUUCCGUGUAUUGAACGCAACAGUCUUGGAGCGGUGAAAGCUAUAACCGCGGCCCAAUUAUCUCUCGCCAGCGAUGGCGUUUGUAGAGUGACUCUAGACGAAGCUAUCGAAGCGAUGCGGUUGACAGCGGCAGAUAUGAGUAUCAAAUAUAAAGAAACCUCGCUCUCUGGUCUUGCGGUGGGUCUGCUUUCACAACACGAUGACUCUCUGAAUAUAUUUGUGCAGACAUCGGUCAAGAUUCCACUUACAGUUCCCGCUUGCUAA